AACGGUGUUUACUGCUAUUUCUCACUGCCAAAAUGUAUUUCCCAAAAAAGUGAUAUCUAGUGCUAGAGAUAACUUCAUUACUUUAUUAAUACUUAUAAAAUGGAGAAUAAAUUUUUCGAAGAACCACUGGCUAAAAGACAGAAGAGAGAACACUUGGAUCCAAUUUUUCAGUCAUUUGCAUUUGAAGAAGGAAAAAGAAAUAUUAAAAGGCUCUGUUUGGAAAAAGCAUUCUCCUACCUUCAGUUGGGAAUAAAUGAUAUGAACUUGGCCAUUUUGGAGAUAAUUGACGCAAAUCCACGCACUUCUGUAGGUUUUAGAGAUGCUGCACUUACUACAAACUGUUAUCAACUUAAGGCACAGAGUGAUUCUGGUUUUGUUCUUGAAAAUAUUUUUGUAGAUGGCUUUGAUGUUUUGAAAAAAAUUUUGGAUGCACAACCUAAAGUUCCUAAAGAUAACUUGCAAUGGAGGGCACUGGCAAAGCUAUUGCAGUUCAUUUCAGAACAAAGUCAUGACCCUUUAUUCGAAGAGCCGGAGUAUGAAGAACAGUGGGUGUUUACUCUGGCUCAGCAUCUGUUUUCUAAACUGUCAGUUGAUGAAGCGUACAUGGUUGAUUCAGCUCCUAACUUUAGAUUACAAGAAGACCUUGGAGUUUGUCCUUGUAAAGAGAAAGACCCAUUGAUUGGAAAAAUAGGAGAUACUUCCUUUGGUUUGGAGGCCGGAUGGCAUGGGAAGGCUGACAUUAUAAUGCAACAUGUUCCUAUCACUGUGAUAAGAGAGAGAAAACAAUAUGUUACAUCUGAAGAUCUGUCAUCAUCCUCUGGAGAAGCAAACGAGAGCUUUUCAGAAAAAGACUUAACUCAGCUGAGGGCUCAGACAAUUUUAUUUUCAUUUUUGCAGCAUAAACUGAACAAAGAUCUGUUGAAAAAUUGUUUGAUACCUGGGAUAGGAAUGAAUGCAAAGGAAUUAGUGAUUUUCUUUUAUGACUGUGAAAAUGAUGUGUUGCUGUCUUCGAAGACAUUGCAGCUGUUUCGUGGAAAAGAACUCUCUCUUUCAGUUGUUUUGUUUCUCUGGCUUACUCUAAAUUACAGACAUUUCUGUUCUGGAGUUGCUGAAGGCAUGAAAGGUUUUAAAUCAACAUUUUUCAGUAAGGCUGAAAACUACUUAAAAGAUUACUACAGUGAUGUAACACUAUCUCUGCACAUGCCAUUUAAAAAACAAGAGACAGAAUUUGGUUGGUCAGAUAAUUAUGGAAUAGAAUUUGCAGUAAGAGAACCUUGUGUAGAUUACAUUGAACUGCCUAAUUAAUGAGAUCUGAUCCAACAAAUAACUUGAGUGUAUACUCCAAGAAAAGUCAUGUUUUAGCUAACAUAUGUGUAGAAGGACCAGUGAGCUUUGUGUUCUGUCCUAAUAUUUGCACCAUGUUAUGGGUUUGGUUGAUAAAAAAGAAUUCUGGUAUAAUUGUUU